GUACAGUCUGCCGCGUACGUUGUUUCGGAUCGAAUACGGAGAAGUACGCAUUAUUAACAAGUUCCGGUGUAUUAAGCAAAGGAAUCGGUGGAUUAGAAACACAAAUUACAGAAAUAGUUUACAGUUUGUCCCAUUCUCCGUGCAACGGCACGAAAAGCAGCAGACCGAAAUGUCGAAACGUGCAAGUUUCUACGGUCUGAUAGGCGUCGGUAUUUUUUUUACACUGUAUUCAACUUUUAAUGUGAAUUACGAAGGCCAUUCGGUGCGUAAAACAGAACCAACAGUUCCUAUUCCUCAGCAGUCAGAGCAGAAGUCCCCAAGAUGGGAGGACAAACCGCAGAUCACAACAGUGGAGAGAGGAAUCGAUCCGGUAUCGAAGACGAUAGAACAAAUCAUGAGUGAGCAGCCCGAAUUGAUCAGCAAUGCUAUGGAGGACUAUCAAUAUCCCAAUGGAAAAUAUAACAUAAGUGCGAGUAAGCUCGAGGAUUUGGUGAUGGAACAAAAUGGAAGGCCGGUCAGAAGUUUGAUCGUGACAACGUGGCGAAGCGGAAGCACAUUUUUGGGCGAUAUUCUCAACGCUCAUCCGGCAAAUUAUUAUCAUUAUGAGCCGCUGCUGGCUUUCGAUAUCGUUCAAGUUCGAGGUCCUCCCUUGGCUGCGAAGGCUUUGAAGUGGGUCAAGGAUCUACUCAACUGCGAAUAUCAAGAUUUGGAUGAAUACGUCAACUAUGGCAGAGGCCGUCCGUGGGCUUUCAUUCACAAUCCGUAUUUAUGGAAGCAGUGUGAAGCUCACAGAGACGUCUGUUAUAACCCCAAGUUCCACAGCUCAUUGUGCAGGCUGUUCCCAUUCCAAUCGAUGAAACUUGUACGACUAAGGUUACGAAUCGCACAGGAGCUUCUGGCGGAUGAAAAAUUAGCCGUACGAAUGGUGCUGUUGGUGAGAGAUCCUCGAGGGAUUCUUCAGUCGAGAAAACAUCGUGACUUUUGUCCACCAAGUCCUGAUUGUUCCGAUCCAGCUUUGACGUGCGCGGAUCUGGUCUCAGAUUACAAAGUUGCUGUUGAACUGCUGAAGAAAUACCCAACUAGAUUCAAAGUGAUACGAUACGAAGAUCUUUCCCUGGAUCCGUACAAGCACGCCGAAGAACUUUAUAAGUUUUACGGACUCUUUUUUCAUCCGAAAACGAGAGACUUUCUCGAUUCUCAUACCAAAGCCAGCAUGGGUGGAGUGUCGAGUACUUUUCGAGAUUCAGCAGCAGCUCCGUUUCAUUGGAGAACAGAAUUGGAAUUCGGAGAAGUAGAAGAAAUACAAGAAUCCUGCGCGACUGCAAUGAAAUGCUGGGGUUACGUUCCAGCAAUGAACGCUACUCAUCAGAAGGAAUUCAACCCUGUCACAAGCUACGUGCUAGAGUUAUAAUUAAAUUUUUUUUGUAUGAUUGCGAUUAGCAAAAAAGACUUUUUAAAAUGUCGACGCGGUUAAAUUUCUAUAAGACGGGGGUCGCGAGUGAAAAAAUAUUCCAAACGGCGAUAAACGCAUUCAAUCAUAUAAUGUACAGUUUUGUAACUUCUCAUCUUAUUGCAAUUCAGGCAACACGACAUCAUGAUAUUAAUAUAUGAACUCAAAAAUUCGUUCAACUUGUACAACUGUCUGUCGCAUCCAAAUUCAUCGACGUUACAGAUAUCUUAUUUUCGAGGGGUUCUCAAAGCAAAUAGAAUCAAUACUCACAGAUACAUGUACUUACCUUUUCGAAUUUCACAGAUAAUUGAAAGUUUCUCGUUCCGCGAUAAUCACAUACAUUGCAAGCCUGUUUCUUUACUCUUUGGCAAGAUUGGAAACUGCUCGAACGCUUUCAGGUAUUAAUUUAUUCGUGGUGUUUUCUAAGAUAAUGAAACCGCGUUUGGCCAAAAAACGCGUGAACUUCCCAUGUAAAAAAGAAUUAGAGCGAAAUUCUGUCGGUUCUAUGUUUUCGUCAAUUUCUAAAGAUUGAAUUUUCCAAAUUUGAAAAUUAUACUUCGGCUUUCCGUAUUGUGAAAUUUCUCGAAUUAUGUUUUGGGUCAUUUGAAACUCCAUAUUUUAAGACUUAUUGUUGAUCUAUUGUGCGGUCGUUCGAUAUUUUCAUCCCGAAUCCAUCUAAAUUAUCCAUCUGACAUAGUCAAUAAAAACGUGACGCAGACACCUGUUUCAAGAG